UGAAAUCAAUUACGAUAUCACAUUAUUUGCCGGCCGAUAUAAUAUGAACUUUGCAUUUAGUCCUGUUUCUGUGCGCUGAAUAUUAUUUAAUAUUAUUAAUACUUCUUUUCGAUGACUGUGCUGUAAAGGAUUUUCUGUAACUGAUUUAUUUAACCAUCUACGAUAAUUACCAAAAUGGAAGAAGAACAACGUCGUAUGCAGAGUGCAGUGUAUGAUGUUUUGAAUGAUAUAGAUAGAAAAUGUUUAAGAGAUUUACAAAUUCAAAUGCAUCAAUGUGCUAUUGAAUGUUGUAGAGACCCUUCAAAAAACAUUGAAUCACUGGAAGUAUGUAAUGAAAAUUGCGCAAAGGAAAUAACAGCUGCUCGUAACUAUGUUCAAAAAGAAUUUAACAAGUGGCAGAAUAGAAUACAACGUUGUGUACAAGAUUGCGGUGAUAGUGUUAUGGACAAAAUGCCUAGUGACAGAAAUCGGAAUGAAAAUGAGAUGAAUAAAUAUAUAAAAGAAGCAGAAGGAUGUGCAUCACAAUGUUUCACGAAAUACAUUAAAAUGUUACCACAAUUGUCCAAUAAAGUUGUUGAUAACUUGACCAAUAAAAAAUUACAUUAAAAUUAUUGCUUUUCAAAGACUAUAUACAUUCAAGGCAAAAUAACUAGAGUAUCAGACCUAUUGUUUAAAAUUUUAAUGUGUAUCAGUCUCAUGACAUAUUGGUUUAAUGUAAGAUCAAGUUCUUCAUAUAUCUUAAUUAAUUGUGUUUUUUAGUUAGACAUAUUUAUGUCAAUAUAGUGUAAUAA